GUUGCCGUGAGAACCUUGACAACAAAAGGCCCGGGCGGCGGCUGAGGCGCGGUAGAGUCAAGUCGAGGACUUCUGCGCCCCCUCCCGAAACCAGCGCUUUCCCGGGCCGGAGUCCAGUAAAAUGGAUGUUUCUCACACUAGAUACUGAACAGCUGCCAUGGAAGAAAUACCAGUAAAAGUCGCCGUAAGAAUUAGACCUCUGCUUUGUAAAGAAGUUCUUCAUAAUCAUCAAGUUUGUGUGAGAGUUAUUCCAAACACCCAGCAAAUUAUCAUUGGGAGAGAUAGAGUUUUUACUUUUGAUUUUGUUUUUGGCAAAAAUUCCACUCAAGAUGAAAUUUAUAAUACAUGUAUAAAGCCCCUAGUGUUGUCACUCAUUGAGGGCUAUAAUGCAACUGUUUUUGCCUAUGGACAGACUGGAUCUGGGAAGACAUACACCAUUGGAGGAGGUCAUGUUGCAUCAGUAGUGGAGGGUCAAAAGGGUAUCAUUCCUCGAGCUAUACAAGAAAUAUUUCAAAGCGUCUCUGAAAAUCCUAACAUUGACUUUAAUAUAAAAGUAUCCUACAUAGAAGUAUACAAAGAGGACCUAAGAGAUCUUCUAGAACUGGAGACAUCCAUGAAGGAUCUUCACAUCCGAGAAGAUGAAAAAGGGAACACAGUGAUUGUUGGGGUCAAAGAAUGCCAUGUGGAGAGUGUGGAUGAAGUGAUGAGUCUCCUAGAGGUGGGGAAUGCCGCUAGACAUACGGGUACCACGCACAUGAAUGAGCACUCCAGCAGGUCACAUGCAAUUUUUACAAUCAGCAUUUGUCAAGUUGAGAAAAAUGCAGAGGCAUCUGAUGAUGGAUCAUGGUAUUCCCAUCGGCAUAUCAUCUCCAAGUUCCAUUUUGUAGAUUUGGCUGGAUCAGAACGAGUAACCAAAACAGGGAAUACCGGUGAACGGUUCAAAGAAUCCAUUCAAAUCAACAGUGGAUUGCUGGCUUUAGGAAAUGUAAUAAGUGCCCUUGGGGACCCACGCAGGAAGAGCUCACAUAUUCCAUACAGGGAUGCUAAAAUUACUCGGCUUCUGAAAGACUCCCUGGGAGGCAGUGCCAAGACUGUCAUGAUCACCUGUGUCAGCCCAUCCUCCUCAGAUUUUGAUGAGUCUUUAAAUUCUCUCAAAUAUGCCAACAGAGCUCGCAACAUUAGAAACAAACCCACUUUAAACUUUAGCCCCAAGUCAGACCGUAUGGAUGAAAUGGAAUUUGAAAUUAAGUUGCUGAGAGAAGCUUUGCAAAGCCAGCAGGCUAGCGUCAGCCGAACUAGCCAGGUCCUUGGAGAGAGCACUCCUGAUAAAAAUAGGAUCCAUUCUCUAGAGGAACAAGUAGCUCAGCUACAAGGGGAAUGUCAGGACUACCAAAAUUGUAUAGAGGAAGCCUUUACCUUCCUAGUGGACCUAAAAGAUGCUGUUAGAUUAAACCAGAAGCAGCAAGAUCAACUUCAGGAGUGGUUUAACAUGACCCAAGAGGUCAGAAAGGCCGUCCUUACUUCAUUCCAAGGAAGCCAGGGCAGUGGAGACCUGGAAGAAGGACCACAGCAUGUUACAGUUCUCCAGCUGAAGAGAGAGCUUAAGAAAUACCAGUGUGCUCUGGCUGCUGCUGACACUAUAUUUAAUCAGAAGGAACUGGAGGUGAAGGAACUAAAGAAACAAGUGCAAGAGUUGAUGCAGGAAAACAAAGGAUAUAUUGUAUCUUUGAAAGAAGCUCAGAAAGUGAAUAGAUUACAGAAUGAAAAAAUAAUAGAACAGCAACUUCUUGUGGAUGAACUGAGUGAAAAAUUAACAAAACUUAACCUGUCAGUGACUUGUUCAGUUAAGGAAAAUUGUGGAGAUGGGCCUGAUACUAGAAUUCCUGAAAAGAGACCAUAUACUGUACCAUUUGAUGCUCAUUUGGGGCAUUAUAUUUAUAUCCCAUCAAGACGAGACUCCAGAAAGGUCUACUCAAGUCCUCCUAUGUACUCUCUGGAUCAAGUAUUUGCUGGAUUUCGAUCACGAAGUCAGAUGCUCUUGGGUUGCAUAGAAGAACAAGAUGAAGUCCUCCACUGCCAAUUUUCAGAUAACAGUGAAGAUGAAGAAUCAGAUGGCCAAGAAAAAUCUAGAAUUGGAAAUCAUCAGUGGAUUAAAAAGCCAGCUUCUAUUUGUUCUCUUGUUGAGUUGAAUGAUAUUCAGGAUGAAACGCAAAAGUCAAGUUUGGGAAAUGAAGGUACACAGACUUUCUCAAAUUUAAAGAUUGAAUGUCUUCGGAAGAGUCAAGAGUCAAAUUUGCAAAAAUUAAGGAGUUCAGAACUCAUACUUAAUGAAGCUAAACAAAAAAUGAGAGAACUUACAAUUAACAUCAAGAUGAAAGAAGAUCUGAUUAAAGAGCUAAUAAAAACAGGUAAUGAUGCCAAAUCUGUAAGCAAGCAGUAUUCUCUCAAAGUAACAAAACUAGAGCAUGAAGCAGAGCAGGCAAAAGUGGAGCUGACUGAAACACAGAAGCAGCUACAGGAACUGGAAAACAAAAAUCUUUCUGAUACUGCUUUGAAGGUCAAAUUACAGAAAGAAUUCCGUAAAAAGAUGGAUGCUGCAAAGAUGAGAAUCCAGGUCUUACAGAAGAAGCAACGAGAUAGUAAGAAUUUUGCAUCAUUGUCGAUCCAUAAUGAGAAACGUGCCCAUGAACUAGAGCAGAAUGUAGAUCACAUGAAAUACCAAAAAGUACAGCUGCAAAAAAGACUUCGAGAGGAAAAUGAAAAAAAGAAGCAACUGGAUGAAGAAAUUCAGCGAGAUCAACGGAAAAUCAAAGAGCUCCAGUUAAAAAACAAACAGGAAGAAGAUCUAAAACUAAAAGCUCAGGACAUUGACGCAUGUUACUUGCAACGGAGAAAAGGCCUUUUUGGACAGGUAGAACCACUCCAGAAAUUGGAUGAGCAAAAGAAAUGGUUAGAUGAGGAAGUAGAGAAAGUUCUGAACCAACGCCAAGAAUUAGAACAGCUGGAAGAAGACCUAAAGAAACGGGAAGCCAUAGUUUCUAAGAAGGAGGCCUUGCUACAGGAGAAGAGCCACCUGGAGAGUAAGAAGUUGAGAUCUAGUCAGGCCUUAAGCACUGAUAGUUUGAAAAUAUCAACUCGCCUGAACUUGUUGGACCAGGAAUUGUCUGAAAAGAAUAUGCAGUUUGAAAGCAGUACUGCUGAGGAGAAAAUAAAGAUUUCAGAACAAGUUCAAGUUCUUCAGAAAGAAAAGGAUCUUCUCCAGAGACAAAGAAACAGUGUGGAUGAGAAACUUAAAAAUGGUAGAGUUCUAUCACCUGAAGAAGAACAUGUUCUUUUCCAACUUGAAGAGGGCAUUGAAGCUUUGGAGGCUGCAAUUGAAUACAAGAAUGAAAGUAUCCAGAGCCGCCAGGACUCACUUCGAGCAUCAUUCCAAAAUCUUUCUCAGAGUGAAGCAAAUGUCUUGGAGAAACUCAUUUGCCUGAAUCCUGUUGAGACUAGAGCUAUCCUUUUCAGAUACUUCAAUAAGGUGGUUAAUUUACGAGAAGCAGAGCGAAAACAACAGUUAGAAAAUGAAGAGAUUAAAUUAAAGGUUCUUGAACAGGAUAAUAUGGUUCGUGAGUUGAAAUCUGCACUGGAUCAUCUGAAGUUACAGUGUGAUCGGAGGCUCACCCUGCAACAAAAGGAACACGAGCAAAAGAUGCAGCUGUUGUUACAUCAUUUCAAAGAGCAAGAUGGAGAAGGUAUUAGAGAAACUUUAAAAACAUAUGAAGAUAAAAUCCAGCAGUUGGAAAAAGAUCUUUAUUUCUAUAAGAAAACCAGCAGAGAUCUUAAGAAGAAGCUUAAAGAAGUGGCACGCGAAGCAGUUCAGUGGCAACUAGCAUUGUCAGAACAUCGUGAUGCUGGAGAUGGAGUCCUGAUUCCGGAAGAAACAAGUGUGUUUUCAGAAGAAUUAAAAUGGGCAUCCAGAACUGAAAAUGCAAAAUUAAGUGGAAAAGAAAAAGAAGUGGACAGUUUCCCAAGCAAACCACAUUCUCAGUUUUGGGAUGAUAUCCCAGAGUUACCUGCAGUUAAUAGCUCUGUAGCACCCUCUAGUGGACAAUUAAGCAAUAUGGAUAAAAUAGAUGAAAAUCAUUUUAUAUAUUCUCACAGUCGAACAUCACCCCUAAUUCAGCCAGUAGAAAAUGUGGGACAACUUCAUGGUAUCACACCUGUAAAACUGUGUCGCAAAGAAUUACGUCAGAUUUCUGCCAUGGAACUCUCAUUACGACGUUCCAAUCUUGGAGUAGGAGUUGGAUCAAUGACUGCUGAUUCCAUUGAAGUAUCUAGGAAACAGAGUGAUUUUAAAACUUAGGCAUUUAACAGUAGAACCUUUAAUUUAGUGAAUAAAAAAAAAUAAAAAUAUUUCUUUUCCUAACCUGUUAAAAAUUAAAACUCAAGCUCACUAGGAUCCAAGAAAAAGGAAAGGAUUGAAUUUCUCAUCUUUUUGUAUAUUUAUGGACCUGCUAUAGUGUAUUUCUGGAAUUCCAAUUUGCAUUUCCAUAGUAAUCAAACAAUUUUAUUCAAAUAUUUGAUAACAUUUAAAUAUUUCCACUUAUAAGAUGCACACAUAAAUUUUCAGGCAUUUUAUUUCAUUUUUUUCAGGCAUACUUGAAGAAUAUUUGAAGAAUAGACUAACUUGUCCUUCAAAUGCAUAUUAUAGCAUUAUGUUGUAGCAUAUUACAAUAUACAAUAACUAUUGCUGUUAUUCUAAAAUACAAAUGUAUUUCUAUGUUUAGGAAAUCCAACUAAGUAUUUAGCUUGUAUCAGAAGGGGUCACCAGUUGCAUAUGUUUUGGAUGGAUUUGUUUUAUAUUAUUAGUUUGCUAAUAGAACAAAUGUUUCACUUUCUUCUGUCCUAUGCAGUCAGAAUGGGAAAGUAUUGGACAUAAUUCCAUGCAACAGGGUAGCAGUAAUAGAUUCAGCAAAGAAAUCUAACAUUCCAAGGAAAAGAACACUGGUGUGAGCAGCCAGGCCACAUGGAGUGUCUGUAAAGCUUGAAGUCUAGCCAAGGCAUCUUUAGCCAACAUGUGCUUAAGUAUGGCAGCUUGCCUCAUCAAGUUUUUUGCAGGCCAAACUACACUGGGGCUGUGAAUAUGUAAAUGAAAGUUUUGCUAAAAUUGCCCUUCGAGUUUUUCUUUUGUCAAAAUUUUACAUAAUAUUUAGAAUUAACUGAACAAUUUGACCACCAGUUCUUUUCCACCAUCUUUCCCCAUCAUGGGUAACAUUCCACUAUCAAGACCUGAGGUAUUAUUUUGUUACUUUUUAAUACUUUACCAGACAUUGACUUCUAAACCAAAGUUGAGUUUCUUGGACUAGUCACUGAUGUUGCUCAAUAAGAGCCGCUGUGCUUCCAUGCUGAGUCCAUUUGUUUUUAUUGAAACAGCCACAGACACUUUUUUAUAUUCUUUCUUCUGUUGCUGCUGGUCUGACCAUCACUCCUAAGACCUAAUCUGUUUCCUUUCAUUAGAACACCAAUGACCUCCAUCCUUUUUCUACUCGCUAGCCCCAACAGACUAGAGUUCCUUGUCUUAUUGCUAAAGAAACAAUUCUUAAAAGGAAAGAGAAACUUCUAAAUAGUUUUUUUAAUCUCUUAAGCAUGGUGCUAAAAUAAAAUCAUAAGUUAAAUAGAUUUCUUUGGAUUUACGUUGGAACUGAACAGUUUGUAGCAUUAGUCUAAUGAGAAAUUGCCUCUCCUAAGGUUCAGACAACUAAUUUACAAACUAACAUAGAACGUUAUUUUAUCUGGUCAUUUUCUGGUUUACCCUUAGUCUUCCUAUUUGCCUUUCAUUUACAUGUCGGUCGUAUAGCAAAAGCCUUCAAUAAAAUAUAGGAAUUAUACAUUUAUUAGUAAAUAUACAUUUAUUCAUGAGUCAUAAUAAUAAAUUCCUUAUAAGAUUAUAUAAUGUGCUAUUAGCUAUGAGUAAUUCAUAUGAGAAUGUAUUCCGAUACUAGAAUGGUGCCUACUCAAGGAAUAACAAAGCAAAAGCUAUAUUAAAUUACAGUGAUUUGAUUUGAUAAUGCAAAAGUGAAUUGACCACUAGUAACAAAGUUGUGAUAUUUUCCCCUGUCUUUGAUUAGCUGUUUACCCUUUAUUAUACUAUGAUAUAUUUCAUGCACAUACUCGAAACAAAUAAUGCAAAUAACAUAUUCUGGAACUUAAUUUAACUUCUGGUUAUUGUAGGUUAAUCAAUACUCUUAACAAAGGAAACAAAAAAUAAAGUACCUCAUUUAGGACAAAUAAAAUUAUUUUAAAUUUAAA